AUGCGUGCAACGGCAACCAAGCACACGGCAGCAAGGACAUCUCAGGACAAGUCACUCGUCCUCUAUCGUCAUGCGCAGAGCCGAUACGGUGACGAUGGCGCCCGAACACGGCCGAUCGCCGAGUGCCGAGACGACGACUUACGUGCGGGGGACGCGGGGGUGCGCCACUUAUCGCAGCGAGCUGGCAACGUCGCGCGGGGUGGGAGCGCCCCGCACCGCAACCUCUCACUCACCGUCGCCGGCUCGCCAUCGCCAUCAUCCAGUGUUACCUUUGACGGUCGAAUGCGCGUGAAUAUAAGAUUUGUGUUACGUGAAAGUGGCAUUCAAGGGGUGCCUUGUGACGACAGGACGGCGAAUUCUAGUAGUACGGCCGGGUACGCGGGAACUGCCAUCACCUACACGGGAGCACAAGCUCCCGAUAGUGGCAAACCAAACCUAUUACAAGGGACCAUUGGAUACAGAGUCAACGCUCCUAGCGGCUAUGGAUGCGCCGGCGGUUCGGGCGCGAUGAGCGGCGGGGGCGAGAACGCGCAGUUCGGCGCCACCGCCGCGAUGGUAGCCGCGGCCACCACGGCCGCGAUGCAGGACUCGCAGCCAUUCUCGCAGAUGCAAAACAACAUGACUAUGGGUAAUCCUCAAUACGGUGCGAUGAACGGCUACGGUCAACAACGCAGUCAUAACCCAGCUAUGACUGGAAUGGGGAUGGGAGGCAACGGCGGCAUGAAUGGCAUGACGGGAAUGGGGCAAAUGGGUAACGCCGCCAUGAAUGGAAUGAAUCCAAUGGCGCAAAUGGCCAAUAUGGGCAUGCAUGCUAAUAUGAUGACCUCACAGAUGGGGCCAGGGCAGAUGGGAAACUCGGCUAAGAUGGCUCCGGGUUACCAAAGGCGACACACGCCUUACCCGUCUGGUACCAUGCUAAUGGGGCAGCGAAAGUCAGCACAAUAUAGCACGAUGGGUACCCAACCUGGUUUUGGCCCAAGUCAAUAUCCGGCGGGUUAUGGGGGCCGACCGGGCUUCCAAGGCCCUGGAUACCCACCCCAGCAACCUUUAGGUCCAAGCAGUAAUUUCGGCGCCGCAAUGAGGGGAAACAUGAGGCAAUCAACACCACCUUACUCAAACCAGGCACAAUAUUUCAAUGGUGGCGUACCAAACCAGUUCUCGCAGCAUCAAACCAGUAAUGCGCAGUACGGAGCACAAUAUGGUGGACAGUUUGCGCAAGAAGUCGCAAUGCGCACAAAUAUGAGCUACCAACACAGUCCAGUGCCCGGUAAUCCUACGCCGCCUUUGACACCCGCCAGCAGUAUGCCUCCUUAUAUCAGUCCAAAUGGCGAUGUCAAACCCCACUUUAAUGAACUAAAACCACCGAUGGGCAUGCAAAAUGACGAACUUCGGUUAACAUUCCCCGUAAGAGAUGGUAUUAUACUACCACCGUUUAGAUUAGAACAUAAUUUAGCAGUUAGUAACCACGUGUUUCAAUUGAAAUCUACGGUCCAUUCAACAUUAAUAUGGAGGUCGGACCUCGAGUUACAAUUAAAAUGCUUCCACCACGAGGAUAGGCAAAUGAACACUAAUUGGCCAGCGAGUGUUCAGGUAUCAGUCAAUGCGACGCCCUUAAUGAUAGACAGAGGAGAGAAUAAAACAUCACAUAAACCAUUGUACCUGAAAGAUGUAUGUCAACCAGGCAGAAACACGAUUCAGAUAACCGUGUCAGCCUGCUGUUGUUCACAUCUGUUUGUAUUGCAAUUAGUUCACCGACCAAGCGUACGAAGUGUUCUGCAGGGUCUUUUAAGAAAACGACUAUUAACUGCCGACCAUUGCAUUGCAAAGAUAAAGAUGAAUUUUAACCAAACGCCGUCUAAUGGUAGCAAUGGCUCAAACACAGCGAACGACAGGGACAGUGUUGAACAAACAGCUUUAAAAGUUUCGUUAAAAUGUCCUAUCACGUUUAAGAAAAUCACGUUACCGGCUCGUGGACAUGAAUGCAAACACAUACAAUGUUUCGAUCUGGAAUCAUAUUUACAACUCAAUUGUGAACGAGGCUCGUGGAGGUGUCCAGUUUGCAACAAACCAGCUCAGUUGGAAGGAUUAGAAGUAGAUCAAUACAUGUGGGGAAUUCUUAAUACACUUAACAGUUCAGACGUAGAUGAAGUGACUAUUGACAGCGGAGCUAACUGGAAAGCAAGCAAAACUUCUAACAGUACUGGUAUUAAGCAAGAGGAUGACAGCAGUGAUAAUAGUGUGGGAAAACGAAGCAAAGCAGUAUCACCCGGUUCCAUGAACAUGCCUACAAUGAACAACUGGGAUAUGAACCAAGCCUUAUCACCGUACCUUCCACCUGACAUGAACUCUAUUGCUAGUGGUUCCAUGAUCUCGUCUUAUAAUCAAAAUGGUCAGAAUCGCAAUUCAAGUUCGAAUAACCAAAAUUACGACUUUGGCAUGAGCAACGGUCCAGGCAGCAACGAGUAUGCCGGAAAUGGGCCACUAUCACAUUUAAACGAAAGUGUGAACUCUUUAGAUCCGCUCAAUGCGAUGGAAAAAAGUCUAAACGAGCAGAUGCCGCAUACGCCCCACACACCCCACACACCGGGCUCGGCUCACACGCCGGGCGGUGGUGGCGCUCACACCCCUGGUUCCUCACAUACGCCAGGACCACCAUCUGUUGAUCACCACUCGUUAACAGACGUCGACAUACCUGCCGACCUUAACUUCGAUCCUGCCGCUGUCAUCGAUGGAGAAGGGACUGAUAAUCUCAACUUAUUGCCGGAGACGAGUGUAGAUCCAAUGGAGCUGCUGUCGUACUUAGACGCGCCGGCGCUGGGAGAACUGCUUGCUACGCCGCCUUCAUCGUCUUCGUCUGCAGGCAGCCACCCGCCGCGAGCGCCUUCCUCCGACGAUUUAUUGGCGCUGUUUGAGUAA